CUAUUUGACGUUUUACAACAUUUUGACGUUCCGUAUAUGUUUACUUGAAAUGUUUUGAUUUACGAUUCGUCAUCAUUUGAUAAGGUUUCAAACAAGCUCAUUGUACUGGCAUCGGUAGUAAAAUAUACGCAUUUAUAAUUUGCGAUAAUAUCUUUUGGGCGGAAUGUUUUCUAUUUAGUCGAAUUGUUCAACUGUUAUUAUUUUAGCUACUCGCAAUUGGAACGGACCAACAAUGAAUGGGAACAUCAAGACGUCGGCAGAUACCCAGAUACAAAUUGCUCUGGGCAGUUUGCUGGAGACAGUGGUUGAUAAGUAUGAAUUUGUUUCGGACACCAUCAGUACAUCAUUGAGGAAGAUAGCCAAACAGCAUCCGAAUGAUGUUCUCAAGGCCUGCAGCACCUUCGGAAGGUUGAAGGAUGUUGACUUGGAUCACCUUGGAGUGGUCCUGCUGAUUAUGGAGGAUGUAUGCAGGGAACAUAUUGUGUCUAUUGAUGGGGACACAAUCAUGAUACUGAUUGAGCUCUGCUUGGACCUAAUGACUGACAAUGUGAAUCAUGAGCCUAAAGUGCAGAUGCCAGCUUCUGGAGUGUUGGUAGCACUAGGAACCAAACACUGCAUCCAAGUAGUUGAUGGUUUGAUGGGCAAGCUAAGUGCAGGAGUUGUGCCCCAUUAUACAGUUCCUCAUACCUUAGGGUCUUUAGCAAGUGCAAAUGCUUUUGGUGUAGUUCCAUACAUAAAGAAUAUUUUGGGAAUACUAUUGCCAUUACUUGCUGGCCUGAAGCAAGACGUGGUUAAACAAUCAUUCGCCUAUGUAUUAGGAAAAUUUUGCGAAGCCAUUUUGGAGUACACCACGAAUCCGGAGCAGGCACCAGAUCCCACGAUCUCCAUUGUUGAUUUCCAAACGGAAAUGUCCAUGGCGUACGAUGUCCUCUUCUCAAUUUGGUUGCACGCCAGGGAGGUGAAAUUGGUGGAGACGGUACUCUAUGCUUUGGGCGCAAUGUUCAGCAUUCUAAGUGAAGAGAAGGUCCGACAGCACACGAGUAAAUGCAUCCAAGUGCUUUUGGCGCAGUACAGGAAACACAAGGAGGCGCAGGCGAUAACAAAGUGCCUGGGUUCUGUGAUUUUCAUCUCCUCCCGUCACGACGGUACUUUAUUGGAACCUCAAGUUGGCGUAAUACUGCAAGCCCUUAGCGACUUGGUUUGCAUUGCUCCCGAUUACGCUCAACCAGAGCUGUUGAGAACGCAUUCAGAGGUUCUCAGAUGCUACGAGUGUCUCUGCACUCACUACACCGAUCAUACAUUGGAUCACAUCUUGGCUCAGAUGAAGAAUAAUGCCGAGAAGGAUCGUAUCAGGGGCUUGGUAGUUUUGACGCACCUUACGAACACAGCCAACGGCACCAUAAAGAAUAGACUAAAAAAUGUACUUACAGCAUUGGAGAACAUGCUGAACGAGACCAAUAUGCGCGUGAAGAAGACGAUAAUGAAAGCCAUUGUCGCGAUUGCUUACAAAGGUCUCUUAAACAACGCAGAGGUAUCCGCGGAAAAGUUUCUCAAGUUUAUAGUAUCUCUCUGCUGCAAGCAGCAUAUAUACUCUCCGACGGAUCAGCAAGAGAUCACGGAGACCAAGCAGGUGGCCGAUAACACUUUGUACAUGCUGAGUACCUCUGUGAAAGAACUGGAAUGCGUUCUGUGGGAUUUGUUGCUUAAAUGCCUACUGGCUGCCGAAUACUCGGAUGCUUGCGUGGUUUUGUUGCGCUGCCUCACUCAUCUUGCCUCUCGAAAAGUUAGCGGAGGUCAGAGCAGCGAUGCCGCGUUCGUACGUUGUCUAGCAUUGCUGGCACGUCCAUUAGAUAAUUUCAGAGGUAACUUUAUUAUAAACUUCCUGAGGAAUGUCAAGCUAUUGGAUUCGGAACCUUUCAAUGUGAUCUGGGAGUCACGUCUCCCGCAUCUGCUGAAGUAUCUCGAGCAAAACUACGAUUCGUUCAAUGUAAAGGAAUGGGAAGAUCUCCUGUUUGAUUUUCUUACCACGUUAUUAGAGGCAGCCAACGACAUCAAGUUCGAGGAAUCGCUUGUGACCUGCAUUAAGGACCAAUUACCGCUUUAUGUGAACAGACCUGCUGAGCUUGAUGGUGGUCUGCGCAACGCCGAAAAGAGUUUAGUGCUCAAGUGUCUUGCCAUAAUCUGUUGCCAAUUGAAAUCGAAGGAGGUCAUCGAACAGGUGCUCAAUGUAAUUCUGCAGAGCGUCAAACCGAACGACAUGAACGAGCUACAGGCCUGCGCCGAGGCUAUCGGCAUUUGCUCCCGUUCGCACCUUCAGAUAGUCUUCGAUAAACUGUAUGCCAUCCGCAAAGAUAUUCUACUUAAGAAGAGUAGCAAGUUUUUCAGCUUUGGUUUCAUGAAGGACCAGAAGGGCGAUGCGGAAAUUGAGCGUGUUAGAUAUGUUAUAUUGGCGAGUUACGCAGAGAUCUGCAACGAGGCGCCCGCUGAUGCGUUGCUGCGCGUAGUUCAAACCGAGAUAUUGGAUUUUGUGUUGCACGAGUUGCACAAUUGCAAAGAAUUCACCAUAAGAAGAGUAUGCCUUAGAGCCGUAGGAUGCGUUGCCGACGCUCUGCAUCCAAACAGGAACAAGUUGCACAUUCAAAUCCAGGACAGAGAUAAAGUGCUACAGCUGGUGUCUGCACAACUGCAGUUGCACAAUGGCCCCGAGUAUAUCGAGUUGUUCCCGGUGGUGAUACCUGUCUUGACAUCCUUAGUUCGACUACCAAAUGUACUGGAAUCUCAGAAUCGCCUUAAACUGCUCAAGCUGUGUUUCGAUAAUGUCUUCAAUGCUUCGGCCAUUUACUGUAAGCUGGGUAACAGCACUCACGGCGAUGUCAAGUUGGCACCGCACGUGUUCACUAGCUUCUCGAAAGUUAAUUUAUUAGUACAAGAACUGCUGGUCCAAAGUAUAUCUCCUGCUACACUGGAUGAGGUCUUCAUGCUCCUUGAGCAAUGGCUUGGUAGGAAGAAGCUGGAGCAGAGACUUCCGGCAUUGGAAGCUCUACGCACCGCGUUGCAAACAUAUUUGGAUAAUAUGAAGUUCGCUUACGAAGGGCCGAGUACUUUCGGACAAACCGGCAUCAUCUUGGCACGUGUAGUUCCCCGAUGCACCGAUCCCAAUAAGAAUACGCGAAAAGUGGCCGUGGAGUGCGUGUGCUUGAUGCUUUGCAUUUCAGGCAGGUACGAAGGCCACAUGAGGGAUAACGAUAAAGUAUUGAGCAAUUCCCUGCUUCACGUUCAAGAGCAAAUCGAUACGGAAGACCCUAAGCUUCUAUUCAAUUUAAUCACAGAGCUAGCUACCAUCAUCGGUAAUAAUAUACCUAAAUACCAAUUGGGACACUUCGUAGAUACGUUGCUCGAAGGAUUAUUGGACGUCGAGGCUUCCAGCUCUAAUGGAUCUAGUGUUGUCCUGAAUACAGUGAUCAAGUUGAAGGGAGCCGAUAUUCAGCCAUUCGUCGGGGAACUUCUGGAAAAGCUCCUAUCCACUCUGGAUAAGAUCACCUGCUCGAGGACGAGGUCCACAGCAUUGGCGACGGUGUUGAGUUUCGCCAAUCACCACAUCAAAGCGGUCGUCGGUAUUAUUUUGCAACAACCUCUUCCUUACGAGCAAUCAACCUGCAGCUGUUGGGCUAUCCUCUCCACCGAUAAUGCUCUUACUGUAGAAAUUCUGUAUCAGCUGAAGAAAAUACUGAAAUCUUGCGUAUUCUAUGAAGAGCAGAAAAACGCAGAUAAGUUGAGGAUUGCCACGUUGAAACCUUUGCAGGCUAUUUGUGCAUUGCAUGAAUUAUUUAAGAGCAAGGAAAUCCACGAGUUAUGCAAGCAACAGUUUUCGGAAUUGUUUUCGUUGAUGUUCAUUGCUUUGGCUUCGUAUGUGGACACUGCUGCUCCAGUAUAUUCCAGUGCUGAGAAGAAGGCAUCAGCGGUUCCGAACCGAAGCGCUUACAAGAUGACGCCUUUUAAGAUUUGCGUGGAUGCCUUCAAGCUCUUUCUGCAGAAUGCCGAAAGCAAACGGGCCGCCGCGAAUUUAAUUAACUGCUCAGACAGCUUGAAUUCAUUCAUGACUCUGGUACCGGAAUUGACGGAGAGCGUGUGCUCGGAUUACCCACAAUCUUUGGCAUAUUUGGUAUCUUGUUUAGGACCAUACCUGCGCUCCGACACCGACGCUCAAAGAACUGCAGUCGUUGCCUUCUUCGCUUUCCUCCUGAAACACAGGCUCAACAAUCAAGCGGUAUUAAUAGAGAACGUUUUGGAGAUGCUCUUGGAAGUGCACAACGAUCCUUGUUGCGAUGUCCGUAAGUUCAGCCUGCGCGGAUUGGGACAUGCUGCGGAGUUCCUCAACCCAGACCUCACCCAGAUGCAUUCCACGGAAAUCUUGAAUGCACUUAUGCAAGGCUUGGAUUAUAGUAACACCAGCGAGUCCGAAGUUGCCUUGGAGUCUAUGUUGAGCUUCUCGAAGUUGAUUCAGGUGGUAUCAAGGAAUCAGCUAGGACAGUGCCACGUAACUGCAGCAGUCAGAAUAAAACCUCUGCUGCAGAAUGAGCAAGCAUUGGUUCGAGAGGCGUCUAUUCUUCUUUUUGGUGAUUUGGCUUCAUCGUUGGGACCUGAUGACGCUUUCAAAGAGCAAAUUUUUGGAAACAUUGUUGCAUUUUUGCUGCACCUCAGCGACAUCGAUGAUAACGUUAUCAAGGCGUGCAAGAAAACAUUGAGGAAGUUGGGUCCGUUCCUUGAUUGCCCGAAAGUCAACUCCAUGAUCCAGGAGCACCUUCUCGACGAUGCCAAUUUGCAUUUCCCGCAGUUUUGCACGGAUUUAAUUAAAGCUAUGAGCGAGGCUUUGCAAGAGUAUUUUCCGCAGUUCAUAAUGACUAGUCUGUCAUUCUUCAAGAGUUCUUGGGUGAAUAUCCGAGCGAACGGCGCUCUAAUUUCCGGUCUGCUCUACGCCCAGACGUUACCGGAGUUCCGGUCGUCUGUUUCCCUGGAUGCCCUCAGUUAUCGGCUGUUGCAGCUACUUAAAGACGGUGAACCCGAGGUCAGGUCCAGAGCCGCAGAGUCUCUGGCCUACGUCUUCACCACAUAAAAUAACUAUUUACGGGAUUUAUAAAAAUAUAUUUAAUGCCAUUAUCUUAAAAGCUUGAAAGAUAACAUCAAGCUUUGCAAAAACAUUGAUUGUAUGCGGCUGUUGUUAUUUUUUUAAAAGAAUACAUGUUAUGAAUGAGGAAAAAUGCACGUCGAUUUGACAAGGCUAGUAACUGGCAACAAGAAACGUCGACGUGUCGAGGAAGAGGACAAUUUAUUGCUUGAGAGCAGCAGACAUAUUGUUAUAUUGAAGUAUUCGUUUAUUUUUAAUUUGUAUUUUAAUUUUUAUUAAAUAUUCUUAGAUACCAAAUUGAAUAUGAAAUUCGUUAUUUACAUUGUGAUUGAUUUUUCGCCUAUGAUUUUAGAAACAGUUUUGGUGUAACUAGUAUGUAAGAUAUUUUUUAUACAUUAUUGUUAGUCUAUUAGUCGUUAUCCAUCUAAACCGAUAACAACAAAAAAAUGCUUCGUGAUAGGUCAAAAGAAUAAUUAUGAUAAUUUUCGACUGUUAUUAAAGUUUUCGGACCUGCGAUUGCCUAAUAUUAUGGGCUUAUAUGAUGUAUGCAGUAUAAGUGUAAUUAAACAACUAUGAAUUAA